AUGGAUAACACAAAAAAAGAAACUGCAAAAGAUACCAUAAAGGCACAGUUAGAAGCGAUUGAAGAAUGCAAAGAAAAAAAAGAGAAAUAUGUAAAAUGUUUUAAUAAUUGGUAUAAGAAUAAUUUUCUCAAGGGUGAUUUAACACAAGCGUGUGAUGACUAUUAUGAAGACUAUCAAAUAUGCAUAUUAAAUGAUCUAAAUAAAAAGGGGUUAGGGCACUUAACAAAUCUGCAGAAAGAGAAGUAA